UUCCCGGAAGAUCCCUGAACAAGAAAAAUAACAUUAAAGAACGAACAAACAAUUAUAAUUAUAGGAUAAAAUAUAGUUUUUAAAAUUUGUUUGUGAAAAUAAACAAUUGAUUAAUGAAGUGUAGUUAGCAGGUCCACACAUGGAGGCAGUCAAUUUUGGUGGAGUCAAAAGAACGAUUAGAAAAGAAAGCCAAUGGGACUUAAAGUCUUGAGCGGAUGAAGUCAUUGUAUAUGUCACAGCUUGUGGUCAUACCUGAAGAAAAAUAAUUGUCUGUCAUAUACCAUUUUCUGUAUUUAAAUUCAUUUCGUGCUUAGCAAUUCCGAAGGAAAAUAAGACUUCGAUUAAAUUUGGGGUUGUGAACGUUUUCGCCUUUUACUGUGAGUUUAAGUUUUGCAGAAAGGCAAUCCAAGUAAGCGGAUUUACAGCUGUUUCUAAGAAUAUUCAGCCAAGAGAGUAGGCACUAUUUGUUAGUGCCUAUCAGGCGUCACCAAUGAUGCACGGGAGUUGAAUCGGUGAUUCUUCAGUUCUUCUGGACUCUACAUCUUACCACAAAGGGUAUCCUAAUUCAAAUAGAACUGGACAACUCGACACUUGUAAAUAGCAACCUUAUAAGAGAGCAUUUCAGGUACAUUCUGAUAAGGUACAAAUAAGUAUUUGGGUGUUUUUGCUGGUAAUGCUGGAGAUCAAUAGAUUAUAUUAUUGCAAAAUAUUACAUACGAACAGAUUAGUUGGUGCAUAUAUUUACAAUUUUGCAGAAGGCUACAGAUUAGUUAGGGAACAUAUUCCCAAUUUUAGUCCAUAGACCUAAGUGUGGUAGAGGAUAUUCAUCUGCACAAAUUAGUUAGUGUUACAUAUUUCCAAUUUUAGUGAGUCGAGCUUGAAAUUCAAGCUAUGGAACACACUUCUGUGCUGAAUCAUGUUGUUGGUGCUUCAACUAUGCUUAAUGUCAAAACCCCAUGUCGCACUCUCUCAUUGGCUACUUUUCCUUCAAGAGAAUCCAUUAAAUCAGCCCACAAAUUUUCCAUUGUUCGAAAAUAUUCAUACACAUCAAUCGCCUGCAACUUAAAUAGCAAAAAGUGUCUCCAACACCAUUCCGCAGUCUGUUCUGCCCUCGCAGAACACUUUAACCAAGCCCCAGAAAUUAAUGUUUAUGAAGAUAUGCCUACAAGGCUUAAUAAGAUUUUGGCAGAAUUCAAAGCACUGGAGGACCCCCGUGAAAGGGUCAUGAGGCUUUUGGACUAUUCUUCAUUGCUUCCACCUCUACCUCAAUCUGAGCGAAUUUCUUCAAAUAGAGUGAUGGGAUGUACCGCCCAAGUCUGGCUCACCGCCGAGCUAGGUAGCGAUGGAAGGAUGUAUUUUGGUGCAGACAGUGAUUCCGAGAUCACCAGAGGCUUUUGUUCAUGUUUGAUUAAUUCCCUGAAUGGAGCUUUGCCUGAAGAGGUGCUAAAAGUUAAGACAGAGGAUCUCUCUAGUAUAAAUAUUGGGGUUGCUGGGGGAGCCAAUUCUAGGGCCAAUACUUGGCACAAUCUACUGAUUAGCAUGCAAAAGAGGAUUCGGGGUAUAUUGGCGAAGAAUGCAGGGAAGCCUCCCGUUGAGCCUUUUCCUUCCCUUCUGAUAACUUCUGAAGAUAUUACUGCUCAAGGAAGUUUUGCAGAAGCUCAGGCGAAAUAUUUGUCACCCGAUGAAUCAAGGGUUUUAGAACUUGUUACUGUCCUCAAGGAGAAGAAAAUUGGAGUUGUGGCACAUUUUUACAUGGAUCCAGAGGUCCAGGGUGUUCUUGUUGCUGCCAAACAGCAGUGGCCACAUAUCUAUAUUUCAGAUUCACUGGUAAUGGCAGAUCGAGCUGUGAAAAUGGCAGAAGCUGGUUGUGAAACAAUUACAGUACUUGGAGUUGAUUUUAUGUCGGAGAAUGUGCGUGCAAUUCUGGAUCGAGCUGGCUUUGGAAAGGUUGGGGUAUAUAGGAUGGCCAUUGAAACAAUUAGUUGUUCAUUGGCUGAUGCUGCAGCAAGUCCCAAAUAUCUACAGUUUCUGGAGGCAGCCUCAAGAUCUUCACCUUCUCUACAUGUAGUCUACAUCAACACUUCUCUGCAAACGAAAGCUCAAUGUCAUGAACUUGUGCCUACCAUAACAUGUACAUCCUCAAAUGUGGUUCAAACAGUGUUGCAGGCUUUUUCUCAGAUCCCAGAUUUGACUGUCUGGUAUGGGCCAGAUUCGUAUAUGGGUGCAAAUCUUGGAGAACUGUUUCGUCAAAUGUCCAACAUGACUGAUGAAGAAAUUGCUGAGAUACAUCCUUUGCAUGAUAGAAAUUCCAUCAGAUCCCUACUACACCGCUUACAUUAUUUUCAUGAUGGCACAUGCAUUGUACAUAAUCUCUUUGGUGAAGAUGUGGUUUCGAGAAUUCAGGAAGGCUAUUGUGAUGCUUUCCUUACUGCUCAUUUUGAGGUUCCAGGUGAAAUGUUUUCACUUGCAAUGGAAGCAAAGAAGCGAGGAAUGGGAGUUGUAGGUUCUACACAAAAUAUUUUGGAUUUCAUCACGAAGCAUGUGCAAGAGGCAGUGAGUCGUGAUAUUGAUGAACAUCUUCAGUUCAUAUUAGGCACCGAAUCUGGCAUGGUGACAGCUAUUGUGGCCGCAGUUCGUAACAUACUGAAAGAGGUUAGAAGAUCAAAAAUUGAGGUGGAAAUUAUCUUUCCUGUUUCAUCUGAUUCAAUAUCAAAGUCGCAGUCUUCAGGUGAUCUUGAGUCAAGUGAAUUUGAAAAUUUAACAAAGCUUUCCAUAGUUCCAGGAGUGGCAUCUGGUGAAGGUUGUUCAAUUCAUGGUGGUUGUGCUUCAUGCCCAUAUAUGAAGAUGAACACCUUGGAUUCUCUACUCAAGGUCUGCCACCUAGUUGACACAAGCAAAGCAUUUCUUUUGUCUGCUUAUGAAGCUGAACGUUUUGAUACAAGCAUUUUAUCUGGUCAUUCCAUUGCAGACCUUGGUUGCGAGCCCAUUUUGAACAUGAGACAGUUUCAGUCAAGCGGAAGGCUGCCUGAUGAACUUGUACAUCAAGUACUCAAAAGAAACAUAACUGAAUACAAGUCAUUUUACCACAUUGAAGCAAAUAAACGGACCUGAUGGUGACCAUUUGCAUCUUUCUAUAUACUCCAUUUAUGCAAAAGGGUUUAGGAAAAUACAUGGGGCUUGGAAAUUCUUCUUUGUUCAAUAACUUGGUCAUUGCAAUGUAUAUUAUAUUUUUGACUAAGUAUCAUGUGGAGGAAAAGUUGGAGUUCAGAGCUGUCAUUGACAAAUUUGGAGUUGCAAUACUGAUAUGACCUAUUAUUAAGAAUACACGUGAAAAAUUGAAAAAUGUAAGAAUAGACGUGAAAAAUUGAAAAAUGUAAGGUGAAUUGUGAUACUUCAGUGCAGCUUCAAUUUUGUAAUUGAGAACCAUUUGAAAUUACUGUUCAAGUUCUUAAGUUUCUAUUUGAUUUUCAUAAUAUAAGAGUGUAUUUAAGGAAGGUGUAUCUUUCAAUUCGGAGAAAUUUAGAUUCAAUUGUUUCACUUGCUUAA